AUGGUUCACCUGAUCCCCUCCUACAGGCAGAAACUAAAGCUCUGCAAACCUGUAGUGAGGACAUCAAGGAAGUGGACCAGUGUAGCUGUGGAGGAUCUCCAGACGUGCUUGGACUCUACUGACUGGGAUGUGUUCAGGACUGCUACCAACAGUCUGGAUGAGUACACAGAGGCUGUGACGUCAUACAUCAGCUUCUGUGAGGACUGCUGUGUUCCAUCAUGCACCAGGGUGAGUUUCAACAAUGACAAACCCUGGUUCACAGCCAAACUCAGAAGGCUAAGGUUGGACAAGGCAGAGGCGUUCACGAGUGGAGACAAAAACAGACUUAAAGUAGCAAAGUACAAGUUUAGCAAGGCGGUGAAAGAGGCUAAACAACGGUACUCUGAGAAACUCCAAAACCAGUUCUCAGCAAACAACUCUGCUUCUGUCUGGAGAGGGCUUAAACAGAUCACCAGCUUCAAGCCUAAAGUCUUCCACUCCACCAACGACCGACGCCUAGCCAACGAACUCAAUGAGUUCUACUGUCGCUUUGAUGGACAAAGGGUCGGUCCUGUAACCAUCCCCCUCAACACCUCCCAACAAAGGGUCUUCCCUGAUUCCAUCCCCCGCGACACCUCCCAACAGCUACAGCUACAGUGCAUCACCUCCACCUCCCCCACCUUAAAGGUCCCCCCCUCCACCUCCCCACCCACCUCAGUGACGACUCUCUCCAUCAAUGAGGAAGACGUCAACAGACUGUUCAGGAGACAGAACCCCAGGAAAGCUGCUGGACCGGAUGCUGUCUCCCCAUCCAGCUUGAAGCACUGUGCUGACCAGCUGUCUCCAGUGUUCACAGACAUUUUCAACACCUCACUGGAGACAUGCCACGUGCCAGCCUGCUUCAAGUCCUCAACAAUCAUCCCCGUUCCCAAGAAGCCAAGGACCACAGGACUUAAUGACUUCAGACCCGUCGCCCUGACCUCUGUGGUUAUGAAGUUCUUUGAGCGCCUUGUGCUUUCACACCUCAAAGACAUCACUGACCCCCUCCUCCCCUCCUGGACCCUCUGCUGGACCCCCUCCUGGACCCCCUGCAGUUUGCCUACAGAGCCAAUAGGUCUGUAGAUGAUGCAGUCAACCUGGCCCUCCACUACAUCCUCCGGCACCUGGACUCCACAGGAAACUACGCCAGGAUCCUGUUUGUGGACUUCAGCUCUGCCUUUAACACCAUCAUCCCGGCUCUGCUCCAGGAGAAACUCUCCCUGCUUGGUGUGCCUGACUCCACCUGCAGGUGGAUCACUGACUUCCUGUCUGACAGGAAGCAGCAUGUGAAGCUGGGGAAAGACAUCUCCGACUCACAGACCAUCAGCA